GCAACAUGGAUCACACCGGCCGGGACGCAUCAAAUCAGAUUACGCCGGAUGAUAUAGAGCAAAACUUUUUAACCCAGUUUAGCUCGAUGGUUACGACGGACAAGGAAGAGCUGAUUCAGCAGUUUCAAUCAAUCGGCGAAAACGUAAAUCAAUCCACGGCAACUUUCUUCCUGGAUAUGACUAACUGGAAUCUCCAGGCAGCUGUAGGGUGCUACUUUGACUUCAUGUCCCGGCAACCCUCGAUGAAGCUGCUAAACGACGUUACGGUAGGAAAGGGCGAAAAAAUCACACCAAGCACAGCCAUAAAGCUUACAUGGUUGCUGCAGAACAACGGCGAUAUUGCGUGGCCAAACGGUUCCUACGUUGGGUUGCGUCGAAUCCCAAACUUGGUGCAGGAAAACAUGCCGGUAACGUACGAAGAUCUGAAGUUCCACGUCCCUUCGUUACCGCCGAACGAUACGGUGUCUGUUUCGGUGCAGCUCGUUAGCCCAUCGAACGUCGGAUUGUUCGAGACUGUAUGGUGCAUUUACACACCCAACGGAGUCAGCUUUGGGGAUAAUAUUGUCUCAAGGAUUGAAGUAAGCAUGGACGGUACGAUGGCUAUAACUCAGCAAUUUUCAAAUCUGCAAACCGAAUCCACGGGUGAAGCUAAUCCAGAGGGAAACACAACGGAUGGACAGUCGAACGAGCUCGACGAUAGUGAGAUGUGGGGAUAG